AAAGCCCCAGCCAGUCGCCGCCGUGCUCCAGACAAGAGGACGCGCUCUCGCCGCAUGGAGGCAGACAAUAGGCCCGCGUGAGAGCUCGGCGUCCGCGUCCGCAUCCGCGUCCGCGGGGAGGCAGUCGUCGGCGAUCUCUGCUUUCUCACGCACUCGUUCGGAUUAAUUCGCCGGCAUCCUACGCCGCUCAUGCCGAUCGGACAGUCGGACACUUGCUGAUUGUCCACGCUAGCGCUAUGAGCGGGCUGCUAAAGAGGAAGUUUGAGGAGGCGGGCGAGGACCCAUGCUACUCGUCACCCUCGCCCUCCUCGCUCUCGUCGGCCUGCUCCACCUGGGACUCGGAGGGCGAGAGCUGCUACUCGGACACCCUGGAUUCCACCCCCAGCGACCCCGGCUCCCCGGCAACGCAUAUCAACACGACGUCCAUCCUCAAGAAAUGCAAGCGGGCGCGACGGAGCAACGUCACCUUUGACCAGGUGACCGUGUUCCUGUUCCCGCGGUGCCAGGGCUUCACCAGCGUGCCCAGUCGAGGGGGCUGCACCCUCGGCAUGACGCCGCGACACAGCGCGCGCCGCACGUACACGCUGAGCGAGUUCGCCGCCGAGCAGCGGCUGCUGCGCCGGGAGAAACUGCUCCGCCGGCUGCGGGAAGACAAGCUGGAGGCUCUUAAAUUAAAGCUGACCAAGAACGGGACCCAGGACAGCGAAGAGGCCGAGCGGCUGACUGUGGACGACAUCCCCGAGCGGGACGUGGACGUGAGCGGCGCCGACCUGGAGGAGGGCUCUUUCCUCCAACCGUACCCGUCCAAGCGGCGCUACGCUCUGCUCAAAGCCGCCGGCGUCAAGAAGGUCGACAAAGAGGAGAAGAGGCAGCUGCACGAGCUGAGGAUCUCCCGGGAACGUUGCGGCUGCGACUGUCGGGGGUUCUGCGAGCCCGAAACCUGCGGCUGCAGCCUCGCCGGCAUCAAGUGUCAGAUGGACCAUUCGUCGUUCCCGUGUGGCUGCACGAAGGACGGCUGCGGGAACACGGAAGGCCGCAUCGAGUUCAACUCGGCCCGGGUGCACACGCACUACAUCCACACCGUCAUGAAGCUGGAGCUGGAGAAGCGACUGGAGGAGCAGUCCGGCGGCCGAGGGGCGGCGGCGGAAGCCGAGGUCACGUCCGGCGCCGCCCCGCCGGCCCCCGCGCGCGGCUUCCCCUUCGGCUCGGAGCUAGCGUGCGCAGGGGAGAAUAGUUGCGGCAGCGACAUGACGGACUCGUCGGAUUCGUCGGCCCCGAGCGACGACUCCGAGGGCGGCGGGGGCCCAUGCGGGCGGCACGCGCCGCCGGACGAGAAAGGCCUGAGCAGCCUCCUCGGCUUCAACGACGCGGAAAACGGGGACGCCGCCAAUCGCGGCGUGCGCUCCCGGCAAACGGCGGCGCAGACGUUCGAGGGCUUCAGCGCAACGGACUUUGCGGACGGGAACGACGACGCGACGCCGUUAGACAAUCGGGCCGCGUCGGAACUUUUGGACGAGAACGCCAACCUUUUCCCCGGCGGCGGCGGCGGCGGAGUCCCGCACACGCCCUCGCCCACCGUCGAUCGCUCGUCCGGCUACGACCUGGACCCGAGCCUGUCCUCUGAGUCGGACUUGGAGUUCUUCGAGGGCUUCCCCUGCCUGGGGCCCAGCUCGCUCUACAACUCGCUGAAGGAGUACGAGCACACGGACAACUUUUUCCACUUCCAGCUGCCGAGCUACCCGAGCUUGCCGGCGGCCGGCGAGCCGGGCGCCUGCCUCCUGGAAUCCCUCAUCGGCCUCUCCGAGUCCGUCCCGGAGCCGCCCGCCACCUUUACGGACAAUCAGAUGUUGGAGGAAGCCAUCAAGAUGUCUGUCAUGGAGUCUGUCAAAGUUGGACUCUAGAUGGACGCUGCUCACGAAACCUUUGGGCUAUUUCCGGUGGAAAGGAAGUUGGACGACAAGUUCUGGAAGGGAACAGUUCAGAAGGUUCCGGAAUGUCCGCUUCAGUUCAACUGUAAAGUGCAUUUUAGGUUCAUCCUGAAUUUUCAGCCAAAACUGUUGUGCAUAGUUUUUUUUAUAAGGGUGUUUGGCGGUACCCGUCGCAAUAUGGAGGAAGCCGUGAUCUCCUUCAUUGUCUGAAGUCCAAACUGUCCUUUGGGCGCUCGCGUGCAGGCGUCGCCGACACCAAAUUGCGCCGAGAGAACUCGCAAGCGAACCCAAGAACGGGAAGCGGAACGAGCCGUGACAACAUAGCUGAAUGUCCACCUCAGGGAUUCUUUUGUUCUUGCUUUUCGGAGGCCAUUGCCUUCCUCCACGUCCUGGACUUGAGGGGGGGGGGUCCCCUUUUUUUUUGCGUGGAAUCCCUUAGCUAGCAGGCUCGCAUGGUACAACAGUUUUUUAGAAAAAUCCCGCUUGAUCUGCACUUUAGCUGCACUAAAAGGCAUCAUUUUGGUCGCGUGGGCUGUGUAGUCAACCGUUAAAUGAUGGAUUUUCUUGGCUCAAACUAUUACAAAGCUGUACUUUUUUUGGGGGGCGGGGGGGGUCGGGGCUUUUGUCAUAAGUUAUUUCCUGCAAUGAUUCUUAUUUAUUUUCCACUCAAGAAGCACUGCGCUUCCUUUCAUUUCUUUCACAACCGUCAAGUGCAAUCGUCGUCAUUUCCCAUUUUUAUUUUAUUUUACUUUUUAGGAAUCCUUAUCGGAAAAAGGCCAUCAGAAAAGUAUUUAAUAUCUAUUUGCUGACUAACUUAUUAUAUCAACAGUUAUGUUAUUUAAUUCUUUUGGCAAUAAAAAUGGAGCUGUGGAAGCCAAGCAAGAAAACUGUGGAAUCUCCCUUGAAACAAACAACAAAAAAAUCUCUAAAUUAUGGCAUUUGUUGUAUUUCUGCCUAUGUAAUGUAACCAUAGAGAAAGGACUAAUAUUUUGUAACUAAUUUAUGUUGACUGACAGAGAAUUCUAAUGAAACUGACAAAUUGACUAUUUUAUUAAGCAGAUUUUUUUCAAUGGGGGGGCAAGAUAUAGAAAUUAUAUUACAUUUAUGGUGUGAAGUAUUUUUCACAGCCAGAGGUGUGACGCUCAAAAAGGAUCGAUUUGAUUGUAUUCUGAAUUUUUCUCGGAAGUCUGUGAGUCGCGUCAGAGCAUUUGAAAAAGGGGGGAGAUUGCCGGAUAAAAACUGUAUAUAUUAUACAAUUUUUAUCAUGUGUGCGGAACUCUCGAUGUGAAAAAGUUGCCUCGUUUUGAAGGAGCAGAUUGUUGAAAACGCUUUCCAUGUUUCUAAAAGAUGUAGAGUUAAAAACAGAUGAAAACGACGCCGUUUUGCGGCGAGGAAGGUUCCCUUCCCAUGAAAAUGUCGAAUUCAACUUUUUUCGUGUGACUGGGCGCGUUUUGAUGACGUACGAGUCCCAACUCCAUGUUGCCAACUUGAUGACGUUUUCCCACGGGAAGUGUCUACCCAGCAGUUUAUUUUAUUAUAUUUUUUUUAAACUUUUCGUAGCGUUAUCGGCGCUUCUGAGACGAUCUCUGCGACCAGACUGCACAAAUGUCGGUCCUGUGCAGCCCUCGCCGGCUAUUUUGUGACGUCACAAUUCGGUUGAAUUCACAUUUUCAGAAAAUACUAUUUGCUCGGUUUCACUUCACACUUGAUGGGUCGUCAGGCACUCCGGGGAGUCUUUCGGGACAAUUCGCCAAUACGAUGGCGCUUUUAAAGUACUGUUGCCAACAGUGAGGGAGAAUUCAUGUGACGGGCAGCUGGAGAGCCCAUGUACAUAUACACGCUUCAGUGUUGCAGCUGUUCCGGCAGCUUUGUCUCCACGUCCCUUUCGAACAGGGGUGGGGAACCCGCCACAUCCACCCAAAGCUUCCCCACCUUCGAAUUGCCAACAUCAUGCAUGCAGGCUUGGUGAGGUCUGGAUUAGAAUUGUAGACUUUUGAAAAGUGCAGCAAUUUGGAAUUGUAUUUGCUUUUGCCUUUUUUAUGUUCAUUUUUUAAAAUUCCAUCCGAUGAUGCCGUGCUUGUACAAAACCAUGAAGAAACGGCAACAGUAAGUGUUGAUCAAUGUCAUGUAUUAAGCAAGCAUACUGCGUUUUUUAUACCUCCGCUUCAAAGAACGUGUCUUACAUUUUUUUUGGGGGGGGGGGUACAUUUUUCAAGCCUUUGUUGUUUAUGUACAUAUUUCUGCUUCAAUGCUCCCGCAGAGCAAACAAGAGCUGCUUUAUUUUUUACAUGCUCCCACUUUAAUUCAACCUGUUGUUUGACAGACUUUUCAUUCAAGCCAUUUUGAGAGCCUGUCCCUCGAAAUAUAAAAUGUUUUCUAAAUGCUUGACUCCUGUUUUGCUUUUUAAAUGACAGCUUGAAGUGUAUGUAUCAUUUUAAUAUGUUCCCAGUAAAGACAAUUUUUUAAAAUG